GAAGGCAACCCGGUGGCCGUACACAGAGCCCAGCGGCCUGCCUCUCGGACCAGACGAGAGCCAAACCAAGCGAAGCUCACUGGCGGCUAGGGUUUUGCGGCCUCCCACAGUGUCCAAACCCUAGAGCUCUCUCACCUAUACAUGGCUAUUCCGUCCCGGGUCGCCGCGUGCUAGGUUUCUAUCGGGAUUUGGGGAUUGGACCGCUAGUUGUAUCGCAGUUUGGGGAUUAGAGCAAGCGGAAAUGGCGUCGAGGAACCAAUUCGAUCUCCUUGGAGACGUCGACAACGACGACCCCGCCCACCUCCUCGCUGCCGCCGAGAAGAAGGCGGCAGCCGCGCCUAAGCCGGCGCCAGCGCCGGUCAAGCUGCCCACCAAACCUCCGCCGCCCGCGCAGGCUGUGAGGGAGGUCAGGAACUAUGGUGCUCCGCCACGCGAUGGAGCUGGACGUGGUGGUCCAGGACGUGGAAGAGGCGGCCGCGGAGGCAGGACUGGCCCAAGGCGAGAUUUCGGCGAUGCUGAUGCCAAUGGCUUUGAGGGAGGGUAUGGUGGUGGCUUUGGAGAUGGGGGAGUGGCUCGCGGUGAAAACGGUGAGGGGAGACAGGCAGAGAGGGGCCGUGGGCCGCGCCAGCCUUACCGUGGAGGCGGCCGUCGUGGUGGCUAUGCUGAUGGGCAGGCUGGGGAUGAAUUUGGGCGUCCACGCCGGGCAUAUGAGCGCCACAGCGGCACUGGCCGUGGCUAUGAGAUGAAGCGCGAGGGGGCAGGGCGUGGCAAUUGGGGAACUGUAACUGAUGAAGGCCUUGCACAGUUAAGAUGGGAUGCUGUGGAGGCUGUAAAUGUUGAGGAGACUGCUGCUGCGGCUGAGGAUGAGAAGAAGCCUGAAGAUGCACCACAGUCCGAGGUUGAGAAGGACAAGGAGGGUGUGGAGAAUGAAGAGGAAGAAAAGGAACCUGAGGAUAAGGAGAUGACUCUGGAGGAAUAUGAGAAAGUACUGGAGGAGAAGCGGAAAGCUCUGCUUACCCUUAAGGCUGAGGAGAGAAAAGUUGAAAUUGAUAAGGAGCUGCAGUCCAUGCAACAACUGUCGGUUAAAAAGGAUGCUGACGAAGUGUUCAUCAAGCUGGGUUCUGACAAGGACUUGAAAAAGAAAGAAAAUGCGGAAAGAGAUGAGCGUGCAAAGAAGUCCCUGAGCAUCAAUGAGUUCUUGAAGCCGGCUGAAGGUGAGAGGUACUACAACCCCAGUGGCCGCGGGCGUGGCCGUGGCAGGGGCCGUGGUGAGCGUGGGGGAUUCCGCGGAGGUUACAACGGUGGUUAUCGGGGACCAGUUUCUGCUCCAGCGAUCCAAGACCAGGCUCAGUUCCCUGCCCUGGCCUAGCAGCUUGGUUCCCUCCUGGGUUCGCUCAAGCUUGUGUCCCUGUCGUUGAGUCUUCUCUUCACCGCGUCAGCACUGUUGCUGCUGCCGGGUCUCUCCUUGUUUGUUUGUCGCCGCGUCGUGUAUCCCGUGUACAUCCGAGGUGCACCAAGUGCUGUGUUGUGUUGUCAGGUGUUACCUGCUUCUGUUUAUUUUAUAGGACUAUGUAUCCAACGUUUCUGAUGCACUAUCCAGACAUCCAGUGGUUAGUCAGCUGAGAAAUUAAAUCAUGUCUUGUA